UCCAUUUUCUGUUUUUACAGUACGUUGGCAACGUUGCGCUACUGUGCAGUUUCGUCUGCAAAUAUUUUUUUAUUUGGCAGAUUAGAAUUGUGUUCCACUUUUGGGAAGAUCGCAAUCAGUUGACUUUUGUAUUUCUUGAAUCAAUUGAUAACAACAAAAUAUGGACAACACCAUUGCAUUGGCAGCAGCUGCUGUUGUUUUGGUUCUCAUUAUCAUUCUUUUGAACUUUUUGAGCAAACAGUUUGGAUCAAAAGAAACAGAAGUUCAAGAACCAGAAGCUCAACAAGAAGUUGCAGCUGUUGGUGGGGUAAGAAGAGCGGUUGCUGCACGAAACAGAUUAGGCUUGAGAAAUAGAGGGGGACAGAGACAACAACAACAAGAUGAACCAAGAUUUGCAGGAAACCAAGAUAGUGCAGGAGAAGAUUCUGAAGAUGAGGUAGCAUCUUCAUUGCUUGAUUUGGGUGACAUGAAAGUAGGAAAGAAAAAGCUUGCCAAGUUGGAGGCUAAAGCUGAGCGUAAAGCAGCCAGAGAAGCUGAAGAAAGGGAGAGAGAGGAGAAAAAAGCACUUGAUCUUGAGAAAGAAAAAGAAAGGAAAAAAAUUGAAGAACUGGAAGAACAGGCUGAGAAGGAAAAGGAAGAACAAAUCAAAAGAGAAGCAGAAGAGAAAAUCCGACGAGAGCAUGAAGAAUAUCUCAAAAUGAAGGCUGCUUUCACAGUGGAGGAACAAGGUUUUGAUGCCCAAGAAGAAUCGGCGGAAGAAAACUUGUUGCAGAAAUUCAUUGAUUAUGUUCACGAAACCAAAAUUGUUUUACUAGAAGAAUUAGCUGCUCACUUUCAACUCAAAACAGAAGAUGCUAUUGAUAGGUUGAAAAAACUUGUUCAAGAAGGAUCUUUAACAGGGGUUAUUGACGAUCGUGGAAAGUUCAUUUACAUCUCCCUUGAGGAAAUGGAGGCUGUAGCAAAAUUCAUUCGCCAAAGAGGGAGAGUUUCUCUUUCAGAUUUAGCAGAAAGCAGCAACCAAUUGAUCCAGAUAGGAUCAAAAAUCCAACCUGCCCAAGCUGAAUCCCACUAAAAGUAACUUUGUUCUCAUCUAUUGGGUUAUGGACACUGAAAGAUUUAUUUUAAUUUUGGAAUGUACCAUUAUUCGUUCAUCUAAGAUGAUUUAUUGGUAAUUAAAUCAAUAACGUUCAUUGAG